AUGGCGUCGGGUGGAGAUCCCCCAUCCGGGUUCGCUGAUGAGAGCAAAAGUAAAAAAACAGAAGGAUCAUCCAACGAAGGUCAAGGGGUUCCUCCAGCUGCUGCUGCAGGCUUGUCGGGUCCUUUCGAUUUUUCUUCUAUGCAAAGUUUGCUCAAUGAUCCGUCUAUAAAGGAGAUGGCGGAUCAGAUUGCAAGGGACCCUGCAUUCAAUCAGAUGGCUGAGCAGCUACAGAAAGGUGCUCAGACUGCAGGAGAACAGGGCAUGCCUCCAUUGGAUCCUCAUCAAUACAUGGAAACAAUGCAUAGGGUCAUGGAAAACCCUCAGUUUAUGACAAUGGCAGAGCGCCUCGGGACUGCUCUUAUGCAGGAUCCUGCUAUGUCCAGUAUGCUGGAAAAUUUGACUAGUCCAUCACAUAAGGAGGAGCUUGAAGAGCGCAUGUCUCGGAUUAAGGACGAUCCAGCCUUGAAGCCAAUUCUUGAUGAGUUAGAGAAUGGUGGUCCUGCUGCAAUGAUAAAGUACUGGAAUGACCCUGAAACUCUUCAAAAGAUUGGCCAGGCAAUGGGAACUACGAUGCCAUUUAGCACUGUCUCUACUGCUGAACCUUCUGGUACUGAAGAAACUGAAGAAGAAGGUGAAGAUGAAGACGAGUCCAUUGUCCACCACACUGCCAGUGUUGGUGACGGUGAGGUCUGA